AUGGACUACCACGGAUCGACCUUGGCCGGUCUUGAUGCCCCCCCUGAGAAGCUGGCUGACACGGUCCCUGGCAUCUUCAAGGUGAUCGAUGAGGCAACGAAGGACAAGACUUCUGGACUCUUGUGGAACCAGCACGGUACUAAGGUCCCAUUCCGAUUGCGCCUCCUUCUCCCUGCUACGGUCAUGACAACACAUGAUAGACAAAGCAUGAAUGCGAAAUGA